AUGGCCACUGCUGAUGGAGCGCGCAAAGUUGAGAACACCGCUGGCCAAGCUUCUCUGGAUGGGCAGGGAGGAACUGAGCCAGCAGCUCAAACGAGAAGCGAACACCGUAAUAUAUACUAUCGGUUAUAUACCAAAGAAGGCCGACUCGAAUCAAACAACCCGAUCUUCUCCAACGAUCGCUUCAUCAGUCGCAUCUCGUCUAAAUCAGUGAGACCCCCUCACACAGCCGCCUCGCUGAAGAGGUACGUCUGCAAGGUUGAAGGCAUGGAAGGCUCGGAAAAGGGCGCUUUGUAUCUGUCGCUGUCAGAAAAAAAGCCUUUGAACGACUCUGCUCGUCUUGCGCUCCGAUGGAACUCUGGGCCAGGAUCAUCUGAGUUUGACCCUGUAGUUCUCGUUGUUGAUAAGGGCGCCCUUGAGAAGAGACCCAAAUCUGCGAGUAAUGCAGGCUCGAAUGAAUUACCCGCAUGGGAGAUUGAAGAACGCUUUGUGUAUUACCGACUUUACGACGAUGACGGCGAAGCUGUCUCAAAGACGUCGUUUGACGAAAGCGACUCUUCUUUGGGUCGCAUCGACAUAUAUACCAUCCCAGUACCGCACACAGUCGCUUCCUUGAAAUAUUGCCUUGUUCAUGUAGAAGGGGUCUCAGGUCACGAUGUUCAGUUGCUUGAAAAUGAGGAUGCAGAGACUACCUUAAACGACGGCGAUGCCAUUGCCAUUCUCACUGAUGAUUUUCCAGGCUCAAAAGAUGAUCAGCCAAUAGUGUUUACAUAUGCACGGGAUGCUUCUGGUAAAACUAUGGCAUCGGAGAACCCAUCCUUUUCGAGACGUCUUACAGCCACCGCAAACUGGGCCGGCGCGAUGUUGAAUGACGGGUUGCACUCAAUGGUGAUCGGAGAGAUCUUUCAAACAGAUGGAAUUCUCAUGAGCAAGUCGUUCCAGCAUGGUGGUGCCAUUCAAUAUGCAGGCUAUGUUGGAAUCAAUAGUGCUGGAAAGCAAGCUUGUACGUUCUUAUUGAAACCCUUGGUUUGA